AUGCUGUCUGUUGGGCGGAGCUUCUUCACGGGCAAGGAUCACUUCUUGGAUGCGAAGAAAAAGGUGGUGUUUGCGGGGUCUUUGCCUUUUACUCGUCAGCGGGUACCUGGUGUGAUGUGCUGCAGCACCAAGGAAGACUUCGAGACCAUGCGGCAGAAGCUGCCUUCUAUGGACCUGGGUGGUUUGGAGCGGCCUCUGGGAGAUCUCGCAGACGUGAUCCACAACCUGGGUGCUUGGGCUGAUGCAAGCGAGGCGCUGCAGUCCGAACUGAAGAUGAAGGUCAACUACAGCCGCUUCACCGGGGGCCCUCUUUUCUUCCUUGCCUAUGACUGCAUCAGGAUGGUCGCUGAUAGCCUGACCACAAUCUACCGCGACUCGUGUGAGAGCGAGCUUGAUGCUCGCACCAGAUCCGUGCUUGCGAAGGCCCUGCGACAAUACCGUAAGGGUCGUCGGCCUCGGAUCGUCAGGUUGGAAAACCGGGACCCCACUGCCUGGGCCAACUUCCAGAUGUUCGCGGCAUGCUUGUGUCUUUCGCUGGAGAACCGUUUGGGCCUGGCUGAAGCGGAAGUGGAAAUCCUAGCAAACGUCGUGGUUCCAUUCCACCGAGCAGUCGUCACCAGGUAUGCCCAGGGGUUUGGCGAGGAGGCCCGGGGUGUGAUCAUGGAGGCGUUGGCUCCAGACAAUGGGGCGGAACUAGGGCUAGCGUUACGAGAAUGGGUGACGUACUGUGAUGUUUGUGGUUAUGGCUGGCACAAAGACACCCCUGGGCCACAUCCAGCGGUUUGGAGCCCAUACACCAAUGAUCCAACAAGUGAGUAUGCACGCCUCCUAAAUGCACAGGCUAUGUUGUCCAAGCUGAUCGAGGAGAAGAACCCCCAUGCGGCAAGGCUACCGAGAACAAGCAAAGUGUCUGUGCUUCACUAUGGCGAGUACGUGGAGCAACACAGGCCUGCUGGUGUCACUUCUCCUCCAGAGUUACCACCGCCGCUAAGCUUGGAUCCCUUUCUGUAUAUUUAGGUACGUGCUCUCUCCUUUUCACUUUCGUCUCUUUCUAGGCCUUAUUAGGUUUUUAGCACUAAAACAAAGCCAAAGUCGAAAAACACCCAAUAAAACUU